AUGGGUUAUAAGAAAUUAAAUAAAUGCGUUGAGGUGUUUGAGUAUUCAAAACCUCCAUUUUUGCUUUCCCCUGAGCAACUUGAGAAAGAGCUUUCCACAAGUAUGGAGAAUGGGCUUCAAAUGAAGGAUGUAGAGGAGCGGCUUUUGAAAUACGGAAAUAAUUCUAUAGAUAAUAAUGAUGGUGUAUCUAUAAUUGCUGUUCUUGUGCGUCAAGCUGCUAAUGCUAUGACACUUGUCCUUGUUGCUGCAAUGAUUGUAUCUUUGGGAAUUAAAGAUUGGAUCGAAGGAGGUGUAAUAACCGCUGUUAUAUUAAUUAAUAUUGUUGUGGGUUUCUUUCAAGAAUAUAAUGCCGAAAAGACGGUAGAUUCUUUGCGUUCUUUGUCUUCUCCAACAGCUCACGUUAUUCGUGAGGGUUCUAAUUUUGCAAUUCCUUCUUCACAAAUUGUUCCUGGUGAUAUUGUGGAAUUAAAAACAGGAGAUACUGUUCCUGCCGAUAUACGACUUUUUGAAGCUAUGAAUUUUGAAACUGAUGAGUCUUUGUUUACUGGAGAAUCUUUACCUGUGAGUAAAUCUGUUAACGCGAAUUUUGACAAUGAGGAUAUUCCAAUUGGUGACCGUGUUACUAUGGUAUGGAGUGUCACUACUGUUACUAAGGGUCGUGCAAAAGGAAUUGUUGUAUUUACGGGAAUGGCUACUGAAGUGGGAGCUAUUGCUAAGUCUUUUAAUAAAAGUAAGAAUAAAAAAAGAGUUUUGAAGAAGAAUGAAGGGAAAGUUGCACCUCAUGCAUAUAUUAUUGUAUGUGGUAUGACUGUUUUGGAUAGUAUUGGUCGCUUUUUAGGUGUUAAUAUUGGGACACCGUUGCAGAAAAAGUUGUCUGCGCUUGCUAUUGGUCUUUUUGGUAUUGCUUUACUUUUUGCGUUGAUUGUAUUUGCGGCAAAUCGUUUUGUAGCUAAAGAUGAAGUUAUUCUUUAUGCAAUUGCUACUGGUCUUUCUAUGAUUCCAUCAAGCUUGGUUGUUGUUCUUACUAUUACUAUGGCUGUUGGUACAAAAAGGAUGGUUAAGCGUCAUGUGAUUGUUCGUAAACUUGAUUCUUUAGAAGCUCUUGGUGCUAUCACUGAUAUAUGUUCUGAUAAAACCGGAACGUUAACACAAGGUAAGAUGACUGUUCGUCAGAUUUGGGUUUAUGGGCUUGGUAUGUUUUUGGUAUCAGAGAGUAAUGAACCAUUAAAUCCUACAAUGGGGACUUUAGUUUUUACUAAAGCUAGUCCUUUGGAUUAUAGUAAUGGUGAUUUUGAUGAUGUUGAGAAAAUUGAUACAGAAAAAUAUAAUAUAAGUCAGGAAUUAGAUGUAUUUCUGAAUAUCGCAUCAUUAGCAAAUUUGGCAGUUGUUCAUCAAGAUAAUGAAAAGCAGUGGAAAGCAACUGGGGAACCUACUGAUAUUGCAUUGCAAGUAUUUGCAUGUCGCUUUAAUCGAGGAAGGAAUAAAUUAUUAAAAGAUGAUUCUUUAUGGACUCAAUUAGCUGAGUUUCCUUUUGAUAGUGAUAUUAAAAGAAUGUCUGUUGUUUUCCAGAGAAAUAUGGAAGAAAGACUAGUUAUGGUAUUUAUGAAGGGCGCUAUUGAAAGGGUUCUUUCUGUAUGCACUACUAUAGGAAUAAAUAGAGAAAAGUUAAACCAAGAAGAUAAAGAAGAAGUACUUAGAAAUGCUGAUGUCUUUUCUAAUCAGGGUUUACGAGUUUUGGCAUUAGCUCAAAAACAAUGGAUUAAAGAUGUUGAUAAUUGGGAAAAAGUUUCUCGAGAUGAUGUUGAAUCAGAUUUAAGUUUAAUUGGUUUUGUCGGUAUAAAUGAUCCUCCUAGACCAGAAUCUGCUGCUUCUGUUAAAGGUAUUGCUGGAUUUUUUUUAAGCUAUAUUAAUUGUUCUAUAGAAUGUCAUCAAGCUGGUAUAAAUGUACACAUGCUUACAGGAGAUCAUUUGAGUACUGCUAAAGCUAUAGCAAUGGAAAUUGGUAUCCUUCCUCGAAAUAUGAGCAAAUUUUUGAACUGUGAAUCUUAUAUGAUUAUGACUGCUUCUCAGUUUGAUAGAAUGAGUAAUUCUGAGAUUGAUUCUCUUCCUCAUUUGCCCUUGGUUAUUGCUAGAUGUGCACCACAAACUAAAGUUCGAAUGAUAGAAGCAUUGCAUCGACGAAAGGCAUUUUGUGCUAUGACAGGUGAUGGAGUUAAUGAUUCACCAAGUUUAAAGCGUGCUGAUGUAGGCAUUGCUAUGGGAAUGUCUGGAUCAGAUGUAACGAAAAAUGCUAGUGAUAUUGUUCUUACUGAUGAUAAUUUUGCAUCCAUUAUAAAUGCGAUAGAAGAAGGUCGUAGGAUGUUUGAUAAUAUUAAAAAGUUUGUUCUUCAUCUUUUAGCAGCAAAUGUUGCUCAGGCUCUUUAUUUGUUAAUUGGUCUUGUAUUUCAAGAUCAAAGUGGUUUUUCUGUAUUCGCAUUGACUCCUGUUGAGAUUCUUUGGAUUAUUAUGGUAACGAGUGCUUUUCCCGCUAUGGGGCUUGGUAUGGAAGUUGCAAGUUCAGAUAUUAUGAAGCGGCCUCCCCAUAAUGUUAAAGUUGGUGUGUUUACAUGGGAAGUUGUUAUUGAUACUUUUGUAUAUGGUUUUAUUCAGGCAAUAAUUUGUUUAGCAUCUUAUGUUAUUGUUGUCUGGGGAUAUGGAAAUGGUAAUCUUGGUGUUUUUUGUAAUGAUUAUUAUAAUCCAUCGUGUGAACAAGUGUAUAGAGGUAGAUCUACUACAUUUGUAGAACUUACUUGGAUGAUAUUAAUUCUUGCAUGGGAGAUGAUUGAUUUUCGACGUUCUAUGUUUUUUUUUAAUCCAGAAUCACCUCACAAGUAUACCCAAUUAUAUUAUCAUCUUAAAGGAAAUAAAUUUUUGUUAUGGUCUGUAGUUUUGGGUUUUGUGAGUGUUUUUCCUGUUAUUUAUAUUCCAGUGGUUAAUAAGGAUGUUUUUAAGCAUUCCCCAAUCACCUGGGAAUGGUUUCUUGCGUUUUCUGGUUUAUUACUUUUUAUUAUAGGUUCAGAAUUGUGGAAAUGGACAAAAAGAAUUUACUUUAGGUAUCAUGAGAAAAAAGUAUAUAACUUUGUUUCUGAUUUAGAAAAAAAUUGUCCAUUUGAAAAAUAUGCAACAAUAGAAAAGAAUAAUAUUGAUUUUGGUUCAUAA